AGGACGCUGGCGCUAGGUGGCGAUAUAACGCUCUUCAAACUCCCCAAAGUCGCUGAAGAAAAAAAAAAAAAAAAACACCACGUGACCGUCAUACAACCUCGCUAGCGUAGAUCGUCGUAAAUGACCGUGGCGCUGCACAUUUGCGCCGGUCUACCAUGGCAGCCCGCAAACCGCUGCUGGGCGGCAGUAAGGCUUUGGAGGAAGGUCACCACGUGGUCAGCUGUUGGAGCUGCCUUCAACUCCAACCCCGUCAGGAGACUGGACCUGCUCCAGCGUCACGUGGGCUUGUUCGGGGUCCCAGAGCUGAGCUCCACGGAGGGCUUUGAGCGGGUCCAGAGGAGGGCUUUACUGGAGGCUGAGCAGCUGGUGGCCAAAGCGUGCAGAACUGCACCGGGUGCUUCAACCGUGGAGGUGUUCGACAAACUCUCCGACACUUUAUGCAGAGUGGCGGAUCUGGCGGACUUCAUCAAAGUGGCACACCCAGACCCAGAGUAUCGUGAAGCGGGAGAGAAGACGUGCAUAAAGAUCGGUACCGCAGUAGAGAAGCUUAACACUAAUGUUGAGUUAUGCAGAAGUUUAAAGAACUUGUUGGACAAUCAGGAGGUUAUGGAUCAACUGGAUCCAGAAACAAGGAGAGUGGCUGAACUCUUCAUGUUCGACUUUGAGAUCAGCGGGAUCCACCUGGACGAGGAACAGAGGAAGGAGGCAGUUGACCUGAACGUUAAACUCUUGGAUCUGAAUAACCAGUUCCUCAUGGGCUGCCACAUGCCAAACAGAAUAGACGGACGUGCUCUCCCUACUCACAUUCACCACCAUUUCACCAGUGAAGGGAAUUACCUGCAAAUUGGAGGACUGCAUGCUGAUUCCCCAGAUGAUGUGGUUCGAGAAGUGGCCUACAGGAUCUUCCUGUACCCUAACAGAGACCUGAUGGACAUCCUCGAUCAGCUGUUGUCCUGCAGGAACAAACUGGCUCGGCUGGUGGGCUACGAGUCAUACGCACACCGAGCACUGCGGGGGACUAUGGCCAAGAACCCCGAUAACGUGAUGAACUUCCUACAGCUUUUGACAGACAAACUCAAAGACAGGACUGAAAAGGAUUUUAAAAUGAUGAAAGACAUGAAGUGCAAACUCAAUCCCAGAAAUCCGGAUCUUAUGCCAUGGGACCAUUCAUAUCUAAGCGGUGUCAUACGUGCUGAGAGGUUCAACAUCGAGCCCAGUCUGUACAGCCCCUACUUCUCUCUGGGGUCCUGUAUGGACGGCCUGAACGCUCUCUUCACACAGCUCUAUGGCGUGUCCCUGCUGGCUGAGCAGCCCAGCGCCGGAGAGGUGUGGAGCGAGGACGUGCGCAAGCUGGCGGUGGUACAUGAAACCGAAGGCUUACUGGGAUACAUCUACUGUGACUUCUUUAUCAGACCUGACAAACCUCAUCAGGACUGCCACUUCACCGUGCGCGGCGGGCGGAUGCAGGACGACGGCCGCUACCAGCUGCCCGUGGUGGCGCUGAUGCUGAGCCUCCCCCGGCCGGGCCGGGACGCCCCCACCCUCCUCACCCCCGCCAUGAUGGAGAACCUGUUCCACGAGAUGGGUCACGCCAUGCACUCCAUGCUUGGACGCACCCGCUACCAGCACGUGACUGGCACAAGAUGUGCCACUGAUUUUGCCGAGGUCCCCUCCAUUCUGAUGGAAUACUUUGCCACAGACUAUCGCGUUAUCAGCCAGUUUGCCCGGGACUAUCAGACAGGGCAGCCUUUGCCGCAGAGCAUGGUGACCCGUCUCUGCGAGUCCAAGAAGGUGUGUGGUGCGGCAGACACACAGCUCCAGGUUUUCUACGCAGCCUUGGACCAGGCUUAUCAUGGCAAACCCCAGAGUCGCUCAACAACAGACAUCUUGAUAGACCUGCAGCAGAAGUACUACGGCCUGCCGUGUGUCCCCAACACAGCCUGGCACCUGCGGUUCAGCCACCUCGUAGGUUACGGGGCGAAGUACUACUCCUACCUGAUGUCCAGGGCUGUGGCGUCCAUGGUGUGGAGGCAGUGUUUCCAAAAAGACCCCUUAAACAGAGAUACAGGAGAGCGCUACCGCAGAGAGAUGCUGGCCCACGGAGGAGGGAGAGAACCCAUGCAGAUGGUGGAAGACAUGUUGCAGAAAAAGCCAUCCAUGGAGGACUUUGUGGAUGCCCUUGUAUCAGAAAUGGACCCAGACUUUGAGAGCAUCAUCAUGGACUCGGAAAAUUAACCUCCCAGCUGUGAAGCCCUUCUGCUUAGUGUGAUAGUAGUCUGGAGUACAUUAAAAACAGAGAAAAAUAUGAUCAUUACAGCUAUUCUCUGUUACAUGAUGCAUUCAAAUGGCCUUUUUUUGCCAGUGAAGAUUGAAAAUCAUGUCCAAGUUCAUUUUUAUGUUUAAUUUUUGUUAUGGCCUCAGUCAGUGCCGGAGGCGUUGACUUGUAUGCAUGUUUCCUGUGCGCAGUUUGCUUUGCUUUUUAAACAUUCCCCUCUGUCGCACUCACCUCCAUGUCUCUGUCAGGUCUGCUGUUAAUCUGUUUUCAUGUCUGGUCCGAGAGAGUUCGUCAUUAGAGGAUCAUCAAAUACUGGCAAAUGGGUUGAAAGUUAUGUAGAGUUUUAACCCUCAGUGUUUAGUGUCGGAUCUCUGUGUCUGGGUGUUUAUCUGCUGCUAUCCUGACCCAAAGCCCCCACGUUUACAGUCCCACAGCGAAUGUUCAGCUGUCAGAAUUCCCCUCUGGCCUGCUUUCGCCCUGUGGAAUGUUGGCUGGGUUCCCCUAAACUGUCUCUUUAGUUAGAAAGCUCCGUUUAAAUGAUGGAUUUUGGUGUGGAACACUCCUGUGAAAAAUAUCCUGGGGAUUUCCAUUAAAAACAGAUGAAACUGGGACAAAGCUGUUUUAGGAAAAAUCAGUCUGUAUAUAAGUGCAUUUUCACCCAAUGCAACUGACAUGAAAUCAUGUUUCAGAAAUACAAAAUGACAUUGGAAUUCAA